CGAGGGUUUUAGCCAUCCGCCCUCGCCCCCGCCCCCGCCCCCGCCUCCGCCCGAUGCCUCAGCCUCACCGCGCGCUCCUCUCCUCCCUCCUCCGCAUCCGCGCUUGCUCCUCCCUUGCCCACCGCCCACCGCGGCCGCCGCCGCCCUCCCCGCGCCGCCACCAGUUCGUCGCUGACCCCAACGCCGCCGCCGGCACGGGACGAGGCAGCGUCGGCGGCAACCCCUUGGACCCCACCCAGCUCCUCCGCGACGAUCCGGUCUCCAUCACCGCGUCGUUGUGGGUCUCCUCCUUCCGCGCCGCCGCGCCUGACGACGCCGCCCCGCCGCCGCCGCCGCCGCUGGCCCCCUUCCUCACUCGCCUCGAGCUCUGGGUCCUCGCCUACCAGAAGGCGUACGCCGACGAGACCGGCUCCUACCUACCCCGCUCCUCCAUCCCCGCCUCCACGCUUACCUCCAUCCUCACGCUCCGCAACGCCGUCAUCGACUCCCGAUUCCGCUUCGGCAACCGCCUCACACCCUACCUCCACUCCCCGCGCGCAGCGGCGGCCCCGGACCCCGCCACCCUCUCCAAGCGCAAGCUCCGCGCCCUCCUCACCACCCCGGGCCCGGCCCCCUUCCAGGACCGCGUCGUGCAAGAGCUGCUCCUGCUGCUGCUCGAACCAGUGUAUGAGGCGCGGUUCUCGCCCAAGUCCUUCGCCUUCCGGCCCGGGCGAUCCCCGCAUGCCGCGCUCCGUAGCAUCCGCCGGAGCUGGGCGCCCUACCUCUGGUACAUCAAGGGAGACCUCUCCCCGCUGCUUGAUUCUCCCGACCCUGCGCUCGUGGUUGGCGCGCUCAUUCGUGAUGUGCGUGACAAGAAAGUCGUGGAUUUAGUCCGCUCGGCGUUGCUUACUCCAGAAGUGACCGCGAGGCCAGGUGAUGAUGAUGCAUCAAAGAAGAAGAAGAAGAGGAAGUACCAGAAAAAGAAGGUGCUGCCGGAAGGGGAGCCGAAGCCUGACCCCUACUGGUUGCAGACAUUCUUUGGGUUUGCACCAGAGGAGGCUCUGACUCAGCCUGAUUGGGGGCAUUGUGGGGUGCUGAGCCCGUUGCUUGCCAAUGUCUGUCUGGAUGAGUUUGAUAAAUGGAUGGACGAGAAGAUUAAGGAGUUCUACAAGCCGUCCAAGUCGGAUGUUGUCGGAGGGGAGGAUGGCAUCGAGCAGGGGAAUACAUCAUGGCCGGAGUUUGUACCCACGAGUGGGCCUGACAAAACAAGGAAGGUGGACUAUAUUCGGUUUGGCGGGCAUUUCUUGAUUGGGGUCAGGGGGCCUAGGGCUGAUGCUGCAGUGAUCCGAAAGCAGCUCAUUGAAUUUUGUGAUCAGCGGUUCAGGAUCAAGCUUGACAAUGAGACCCUCCCAAUUGAACACAUCACUAAAGGUAUCAUGUUUCUUGAUCAUGUCUUGUGUCGUCGUGUCGUCUACCCAACCCUCCGUUAUACGGCCACUGGAGGCAAGAUCAUUAGCGAGAAGGGGGUUGGUACUCUGCUCUCGGUUACAGCCAGUUUGAAGCAGUGCAUCAGGCAGUUCCGGAAGCUAGAGUUUUUAAAGGGAGACCGUGAGCCAGACCCACAGCCAUGUUUCCGGAUGUUCCAUGCCACGCAAGCUCACACUAACUCGCAGAUGAAUAAGCUUUUAACUACGAUGGCAGAGUGGUAUCGCUAUGCUGAUAACCGCAAAAAGGUUGUCAACUUUUGCUCGUACAUUAUAAGGGGUUCCUUGGCAAAGUUAUAUGCUGCCAAGUAUAAGCUGCGGUCAAGGGCAAAGGUUUACAAGAUUGCAUCAAGGAAUCUUAGUCGACCAUUGAAGGAUAAGAAAGGGCAGUCACCAGAGUACACCAAUUUGCUGAGAAUGGGUCUUGUGGACUCAGUUGAUGGACUUCAGUAUACAAGGAUGUCAAUGGUUCCUGAUCCUGACUAUACACCAUUACCAAGCGGGUGGCGCCCAGACCACGAGAAGUUUUUGCUGGAAUAUAUAAAGCUCACAGAUCAACAAACACUGGAAGAGCAACGGAGUUGCAUUAGAGAGGAGGGGCUUAUAACACCACAGGACCACAUUUCAAUGCUUGUAUGGAGCUACAAAAAAAAUGCAGUUUUACUACCUUCUUCAAAAGAGAGUGAUGUCCAAGAAUCCACAGAAGACCUCGGUUCAGAUAUAGAUGAAUUGAAUAACAAGGAGCUAGGGCAUGGAGGCCAUCAGGGUUUUCCACAACCUACUGAAAUGUCUUGAGUGUCAAUAACUUAUGUAAAAUCACCAAGGAUUAAUUACGAUAACAGUUAGUUGCUGCCCUGGAUUUACAAGCGACCAACUCUCCAAUGGACUACAAAGAUUAUGUAAAUGUGUACUACUGUCAUGCAGAUUCUAGCAAUUUGCUGGCUGGUUCAUAACUGCCUAGCUAGAUGGUUACUUCCUGCUCAAGGACAUAACAUAUCAUGCGGCUCUAUCUUUCAUGAUCAUUUUCAAAUGCUCAGGACAUGGUGCAAGAAUAUGAAAAAACCCAGGAUCAUCUUGCUUCCAAACAGUGCGUCUGCAUCAUGGCUAGCUGCUCAUACACCAUUCAUGUCUAAUAGUAAGACUUCUAUCAAGCCUAUGUAUUUAAAGUUAUGUAGGAAAUUUAUUGAACACACAUUCUGUGAGAGGAUAUCCUGCUUGUUCAGAUGGCCAUCUGUACAAUCUUUUAUCAAAUACAGAGCUUUCUGAAGUUACUACUAAAGGAUAAUAAAUUUCCUUGGCCUUGUGUAAGCUUGCUCA